CCGAAGCCCAACCCAAUCAGAUAAAAUCAAAUCAAUUGGCUCCAACCCAUCCUCUUUCUAAACCCCUUGUCGAACCCUAAACGAACGUCUUCUGGUUCUCCGAUUCAAAGCCCUAAAUUCUUCAGUAGUAGAUUCUUCGGCUAUUUUAUUCGUUACCUUUCGCAACAUCUAUGGCUGAAGUUGAUCAAAGCUUUGGUGAGCAAGAUGUAAAUCAUGUACCUGAAAACUUAGAAGUGCCUGAAAGCUUAGAGGUGCCUGAAAACUUAGAAGUGACAGUAAACGCAGAAGUUUCAGAUCACCCGCACCCAGAAAUGCCAGAGGAUGAGGCGUUGUUUGAACAGAAACAAGAGCAAGAACAAGAGCACGAGCAUGAACAUGAGCAGGGGCAGGAGCACGAUGAAGUACCCGUGGCUGGUGAGGCUGAAAAGAAGUGGCCUGGAUGGCCUGGUGAGAGUGUUUUCCGUAUGCUGGUCCCUGCACAAAAAGUUGGUAGCAUAAUUGGACGCAAAGGGGAGUUUAUCAAGAAAAUAGUUGAGGAGACAAGAGCUCGAAUUAAAAUUCUCGACGGCCCUCCCGGAACAGCAGAAAGAGCUGUAAUGGUAUCUGCAAAGGAAGAGCCCGAAUCUCCCCUUCCUCCCGCGAUGGAUGGUCUUUUGAGAGUUCACAAACGUAUUGUUGAUGGUUUGGAUGGUGAUCCCACUCACGCUCCAAAUGCAGGAGUAAAAGUGUCAACUAGGCUGCUUGUUGCAGCUUCACAAGCAGGAAGCUUAAUUGGGAAACAGGGAGGAACUGUUAAAGCCAUCCAAGAAGGUUCUAAUUGUAUAGUGAGAGUUCUUGGAUCAGAAGACCUACCAGUUUUUGCUCUUCAAGAUGACAGGGUUGUGGAAGUUGUUGGCGAACCUGCUGGCGUACACAAAGCAAUUGAACUGAUUGCGUCUCAUCUUAGAAAAUUUUUAGUUGACCGUAGUAUAAUUCCAAUUUUUGAGAUGCACAUGCAAAUGCCAAAUCCCUCGAUGGAGCACAUGCCAUCUCAUCAGUCAUGGGGGCCUCCACCUCAAGGACCUCCUCAAAACAGUGGAGGUCCUGGAUUUGGACAUACUUCUCAUUCUCAAUACAUGCCACCUCCAAGGCAACAUGAAAAUUACUACCCACCUGCAGACAUGGCACCACCUCCCAUGGAUAAACAGCCUCAUCAUGGUAUAUUAGCAUACGGAAGAGAAGCGCCUAUGGGUGUACAUCAAUCUUCAAAUGCACAAACAGCACCUUCAAUGGUUUCACAGAUUACCCAGCAAAUGCAAAUUCCAUUAUCUUAUGCUGAUGCUGUGAUUGGAACUUCUGGUGCAAGCAUAAGCUACAUCAGACGAGCCAGUGGAGCUACCGUUACAAUUCAAGAGACUAGGGGUAAUCCUACUGAAAUGACAGUUGAAAUUAGUGGAAGUGCUUCUCAAGUCCAAACAGCUCAGCAACUGAUACAGAAUUUCAUGGUUGAAGCCGCUAAUAAUGCUGGAUCAGCAGCACAAACUCAAGCCACAGGCUCUACCGACCAAGGCUAUAAUUCUUAUGCUGCUCAUGGUUCUGUGUAUGCAUCUCCUCCAUCUAACUCAGGACACGCAGGCCAUGCUGGCGGCUAUGGCUCGGUCUAUGGAACAAACUACGGUUACUAAAUAAAUAGGGCUGUUUGAUAUGGUUUGCUAUUGAUGGAACUAUAUAAAUAGCAGCAAUUGUUGAGAACCUGGUAUGACUACCAAUUAGUUUAUUAUUUUUGGUUUCUCUUAACGACGGUUGUAAUUUUGUACUUGGCAUUGUCAAGCUGUUUAGAACUAGUAAAUGUUAGAUUUCAUGGCGUGCAUUAGGCUGACCACCCGUUGGGUUUAGCCAUGUCCAUUUUGCUA